UACGCUUUUUUUUUCGUCUUCUUCUUCCUAUUGAAAAUCUUCAAUGUCACUCACCAACUCAUUCAUCAUUCAAAUCUUCAUCUGAGACGCUCUCUCCUUCAUCCCCUUCAAUUCAUGGGUUGUUUUCUUGCUUGUUUUGGUUCCUCCAAACACACUAAACACAACCGCAACGUUCUUCAAAGAAAUGCUAGUUGCAAGCCACAGCAACCUAGGGUCCCUUUGGUUCAGGAUCACUCCAAAACCCUUCUUUGCCCUUCACCACAACUUCAGGAUAAAACUGAGGAGGAAUUAAGUGUUAAUACUAGAAAGAAAGUAACUUUUGACUCCAAUGUGAAAACUUAUGAGCCUGUUUUGCCUGAAGAAGUUGAAAAGGAAGAAACUUUGGCUAAACCAGAUCAUUCAAAGUCAUCUUCUUCUGAAGAUAGUUCUGUGAAUUCAACUGGGUCUUACCCUCCUAAUCAUAGGUAUCAGAAUUGUAGGGAUAGUGAUGAUGAAGAUGAAGAAGAACUUGAUGAUUGGCCUAGUGAUCUUAGUGAUGACGAGGAUGAUGGAAUUAGAGAAGAAUGUGACGAAUUGGGUGUGGAGUUUGAAGGAGAUGAAAUGGCAUACUCAAGGUCUAGGGUGAAAGAUGAUGUUGUUGAUCAUGUGUUUGCUGAGGAGGUGGAGAGUCCUAUUAUCCCUACUUGUGAAAGGGAUUUGAAGACAAUUGGAUUGAACCCGAAUGCUAGAGAUAGAAGUGUCUAUGUUCAUCCUGUGCUGAACCCGGUUGAAAAUCUGUCUCAGUGGAAAAUUGUUAAGGCUAAAAGGACACCACGGUUAAGGCCUCAGAAAGAGAAUUAUGCUUGUUCCGACCAUGAAUCACAGGUUGCAUUUGGUGUUAAGGAAGUUUCAGAACCCGACAUGCCAAAGAUGUUGAACCAUGAAAUUCCAGUUGAUGCUAGCCUGUCAAAUUGGUUGGGUUCAUCAGAGACUACACCUAUUAAGAAGGCUUGUUUGUAUGCUGUUGGUACUCCUGAUAGGAGCACCUCACAAGGUUCAAAUUCUAUGAUAAGCCUUGAAGAUAGGCCUAUUUUAGGUGCUUUAACGGUGGAAGAGAUUAAGCAAUUUUCCGCUACCUCGUCCCCAAGGAAGUCACCUUGUAAGAGUCCAGAUGAGAUGCCGAUUAUAGGAACAGUUGGGUCCUAUUGGAAUUCUAAUGAGGAUUCAGGCUCAGCCUCAUCUUUUAAAGGAAUUCCAAACACAACUAGCAAGUACAGAGAGGAUAAGAAGGUGAAUUGGCACGCUACGCCAUUUGAGACAAGGCUAGAGAAAGCAUUGAAUAGAGGUGCUGCUGGAGAAGCUGCUUCUACUUGUGUUCCUCACAUUGAGAAAUAUAUUCAUUAAUAAAUAAACUUAUAAAUCAUUUGAAUUAUAUUCAUUUUAGAAAAAUUUAUUUUAGAAAAGUUUUCAAUGCUGUGCAGGAUAAGUUUAUUUUUUUUGUGUGCAUAGGCAAAUAUGUUAGUGGAUUAUGUUAUUUUCUAGAGUUUGAAGUCUGAACCUCCUUUGCUGUUCCUCAGCUCACCAACCGAGCUGCCUGCUUGGGACAAUACCCUAUUUGAGACAAGGCUAGAGAAAAUAUUGAAUGGAGGUGCUCGCAGAAGCUUCUUCUACUUGUGUACCUUAUAUAUUUUAUAAAAGUUUGCAAUGGUGUUAUUUA